AUGGCCAAAGGGAGACGCUUCAACCCACCUUUAGACAAGGAUGGAAGAUGGUUCCCUCACAUUGGACUAAUGCAAAAGACACCAGAAUCCAUCACACGUACGAUGUUAAACGAGUCCAAUAGUCCACGUUUAUCUCGGCAAGUGGAGGAGAAGCUACCGCCAAUCUACAAAGUGCGGGAGAAGCAAGCAGUAAAUAACAACUUCCCCUUCUCUGUACACGACAAUCGUCACAGCUUUCAGAACUCUGGAUUCUACCUUGACUCUGGCCUGGGAUGUAAGAAGAUCUCCCCAGAAAAAAGGCAACACAUUUCAAGAAAUUUCAAUCUUUGGGCAUGUGACUAUGUUCCAUCUUGUCUCGAUGGCUUUUCAAAUAACCAAAUAUCAUAUGUCUGUCAGGAAGCUGUGGUGGUCCCAAUUUUCAGACGCUUUCCAAGACAUUAUAAUGAGUUAUGGAACACUUUUAAAUUUAUUCCCCAGCAAAGCUAUACAGAGUAUCUGAAAAAGAAUCCAAAAGUAAGGUUCAUGAUUAACAAAAAGGCUAGUUCUCCACUGGAGCCCUAA